AUGUUUUUAGGAGGACUAAAACCAAGGACAGCCUCUUGGCUGAGUAUUGGUGAACUCGCCAACCUUGAGGAUGCGAUCGCUGUCGCUCGAAAAAUCGAAGCUGGAGAGUACUAUGAUGAAAGAAAUGGCAAAGAAAUAGAACCUCCAAUAAUUCCACGACAAGACCCCGGACAAAUUAUCGAAAUAAUAACGUUGAUAAUAAUGGAGGAAGAAGCAGAAAUAAUAAUAAUGGUACACUAUAUCACUGCCAUAGAUAUGGGGAACUUGGACAUAUCUCGUGCAACUUCACCCCCAGGACCAAAUUCAAGACCAAGACAACCCGGCCACCCGAAUUUUGCAAAGGCCAAGGGACUAGUUGCUCCCACACCAACCUUGGAGAAUGGAAAUCCACUACUUAUCGAAAUAGACCUGGUGGUUUCGCCUCCAAAACCUCGCCGAAAGGCGAAUGUAACCCUUGGACAAAUGUUGCAAUAUCCUGAUCAAAGAAAAAAGCUAGUGAAUGCCCUGAAACGACUAUUCCCGCCAACACCAUCCAUUCCUAUGAUAGUACAGGUUCCUGAAGAGAUGGAAACCAAU